AUGGAGGCGAUACUUGAGAAAGUUAAUAAUCUUACUCACCAACAAGAUGUGACGGGCCAGGAGAUUCAGCGUCUUUUGAGUAACUACCGGAAAGAUUCGGUAGCUCGUAAGACAAGGGAAUAUCUCACGACGAGAUUGGAACAAUUGCAAAAUCUCUGGACAGCCUUUUCGGAGAGAAAUGAAGAACUUGAAGAGUUAGCGCAUUAUCUUCCAGCUCAUCCAUAUUUCGAGAAACAAUAUUUCUCUUCAAUGCAACGCGAGUACACCAAGUACAAGGAGGACAUUGCGGAACGCCUUCAGGGUUUGGAAGGCACGUCCAAGUUGAAUAUCGAUUUAGGUAAAUCAGCCACGGGUGCUUUAGAUACAAGGGCCACCACGGCAGCAAACAAUGCUCAGAACGAGCUUCCCAGCGAUGUCGUGGUACUAAUAAGGCAACAGCAAUCAAGGAUACGGGCUGUGGAAAACAUUAUUAGCGGCAUCGGCACAGUUGAACAGGCACAACCCAAAUCAUACUACGAAUUGAAGACAGCUACUUUAUCAAAGUACUGGGAAGAGUUGCGUCAAGGCCAUCAGAAUAGAUGGCAAUAUUCCAGCGAUCCAAAUGAGUUAGGGUACAACGAGGAGAAUUUUCUCAACCUCGAAGAGCGAAUUCAAGACACCUUAAUAUUUCUCGCUGAAUUCCGUUCAAGGCUGGAUCCUAGCGUAGCUCCCGCUACAAGGGCCUUUCCAAGCAUCAACUUGCCAAACGUGACAAUUCCUGCCUUUGACGGCGAUUAUGCACAAUGUCAAUCCUUCCACGACUUAUUCCGCCAGAUGAUUCACGAGCAGCAAUUGGGAAAUGCUCAGAAAAUGUGGUAUUUGAAGAGCAAUCUAAAGGGUGAAGCAGAGCGACUUAUACGUCAUCUGCCCAUUACUGACGAAAAUUAUGACAUUGCAUGGACAACGCUAACAAACCGCUACAGCAAUCAACGAUUGAUGGUAGCCACGCUAUUGGAUAGGCUCACACAGCAGCCGAUGAUUACUUCGGACUCCCCCAGUGCUUUGAAAAAACUUCAUGACAUUACGAAGGAAUGUCUAGCAGGACUCAAGAACUUUAAUAUCAAUAUAGCUAGUUGGGAUCCCAUUUUAUUACAUAUUUUACUGAAAAAGUUAGACAAGCCGGUUGAUGCAUUUCUCGCGUUUUUGGAAAGACGCUUUCAGUCUUUAGAGGCCUUGUGUAGCGACAAGAGGAGUACGACUCAAAACAAACCUACAAACCGAACCUCGGCUUUAAUAUCCACCAAGGACAGUCAAUCUUUACAGUGCAAAAACUGCAAGGGAAGCCAUCGAAUCUACACAUGUGAAGCCUUUAAACAAUUGUCCAUCUGGGAUCGAGUAGCCAAAAUCAAGCAGCUGAGGCUAUGUUUGAACUGCCUACGGGAAGGACAUCGAAGUGCACAAUGCAGCGCAGGAAGUUGUCUUAAAUGUGGAAAGAAGCACAACACUCUACUACAUAUGGACGCCAACAAUCAAGACAAAACAACGCCCUCUAUCACCGCAAUUCAAACAACAGCCAACGCCACCAAGCAAGGUCAAGUAUCAAGUAUUGUAAAGGACAAGGGUUCUACAAAUGUCAACCAUUCUAUUGCAUUAUCAACGGAAAUAUCAGCAUCAGAGGGACCUUUUGUUCUACUAGCUACUGCACUCAUCAAGGUGACAAACCAAAAGGGCAAGUCGAUAGAAAUGAGAACUCUGCUGGAUAGUGGCUCCCAAAUAAACAUAAUUACAGAAACGGCUAUGAGAAAGCUGGGACGACAACCAACUAGUUACCAUAUACACAUUCGUGGUCUGGGCGAAGCGUCGCAACAAUCGCAACAGAAGAUAGACGCUAUAGUUUUACCACAUAUAACAUCCUCUCAACCAUCGCAAGGUCUGAAUUCAAGGAAUUGGGCCAUACCCGGCAACAUUCAGCUUGCCGAUCCUCAUUUUGAUCGGGAAGGGCGUAUUGAUCUACUUCUCGGAGCUGACAUCUACUACGAACUAUUAGCUACAGGGCAGAUGCGGCUAUCAAGGAACCUGCCACUGCUGCAAAACACGGUCUUUGGCUGGAUAAUUGCUGGAAGGGUUGCAACAUCCUAUCAGAAAGACGUUACAUGUGGCAUCCUCAACACCGAUGAUUCCAAGCUCAGCGAGCAGAUAGAGCGUUUUUGGAAAUUGGAGGAACCAGAAUCUACAGAGAACCUUGCGAUGACAACACAAGAAAUAAAGUGUGAAAAUCAUUUUGCUCAAACCAUGAAACGAACGAACAAUGGACGUUUCAUUGUGAAAUUGCCUUUCAAGGUGGAUCCAGCAAAACUCGGCAAAUCUAGGGGCAAUGCGGAGAGGCGACUUUUCAAAUUAGAAUGGAGAUUAGCACGAAACCCAGAACUACGCAAACAGUACAAUGAAUUUAUGGACGAAUACAAGCAACUGGGGCAUAUGACGGAAAUAGAUGAAGGAAGUAUUCCGAGUCUUCAUUACUUUCUUCCCCAUCAUAGCGUUCUGAAGCCAGAGAGCACCACCACUAAACUUAGAGUAGUUUUUGACGCCUCUUCGGAAACCUCUUCUGGAUACAGUUUGAACGAUGUACUUGCUACAGGCCCUACCAUCCAAUCCGAAUUAUUUACCAUUCUCGUACGAUUUCGGCUGCCUUGCUUUGUUUUUACUGCUGACAUCGAAAAGAUGUAUCGACAAGUCCAGGUGUCGGAGGAAGACAAGAGAUUUCAACUAAUUCUAUGGCGAAAUGAGCCUAAUGAACCUAUAAGAUGUUAUCAGCUGAACACGGUCACAUAUGGUACUUCCUCUGCACCAUAUCUAACCACCAAAUGCCUACAAGAAUUGUCAUCACAGACAACGCGCAAAUACCCAUCCGGUUCGACUGCAUUAAGACGGGAUUUUUAUAUGGACGAUGUGAUGUCAGGUGCAAACACCUUGACAGAAGCUAUUGAGACGCAACAUCAACUUCGCACAAUCUUGCAAUCGGCCGGCUUUAAGCUUCGAAAGUGGUGUGCAAACAACAAGAAUCUUUUAAACAACAUUCCUGUUGAAGAUCAGGCACUCCAACUGGACAUAACCCAAGAAAGGGAGGAAAACGUGAAGACACUAGGAUUAGUUUGGACUCCUAAGACAGAUGAAUUUCAAAUUAUCAUAGAUGCCCAUACACGGAAUCUAAGAAAGUAA